CACGAGACCGGUGCAUUCCCGGAUUCGGCUGCCACGGAUGGGGCGUAGAAGAUCGGCUCCAGUUGACUAAAGGCCAAUAACAGACCCAUUUAUCUCCAAGUCCGAACACUCCGAAUCAACGGGAACAUCCCACAGAGAAGCAUCGAGUGCUGGGAAAGGUUUCGGUUGUCGAUUUGCUCCCUCAAAUCAGUCAGGCGGGGGCUUUUGCUUGCAAUACGGACAAGCGGUUGCUGACGACUGGCACGGCGGAUUGAGAAGGGACCGUUGCAAAACACCGAGCCCUGUUGAGCGACUCGACACCAUGGCCUAUCUCGAACUGAGCCGCCGCGACAUCAAUGUCCUUGAAAAGAUCAAGGACCCAGAAUCCGAUCCGUCCCUUAUGAUCCAGGUUGAUCCCACACUUCCCAAGGACCCCCACAUCACGGAUGCCGAUGAAUACCAGAAGAUCUCCCAAUUGGAGCGCGACAUCAUCUUGUCUUUCCAAGACCUUGAGGUCCAACAGGCAAAGCAGCGAUCCACGGGGACGACGGAUAUCGACGUUGCCGAGAAAUACCGCGAUGGCGUAUCGAGACUCGACCAGCUCAUCCAGGACCACCCUCAAUACGCCAGUGCCCGCAACAACAGGGCGCAGGCGCUGAGGCGCUUGUACGGCGACUCGAUGCUAGUUGCCGGCGCUCCAAGGAGUCCGCAAGCAUUACUCCAGGAGGUCGAUGAUGCCGAGCGGUCAGAGAUCGCAAAGACCGUAUUGGGUGACCUCGACUGCGCCAUAUCCCUUCUCACCCCGAAAGCGGCGCGCUCAAGAGUGUCUCCGCAGGUUGCCAGAACACUAGCCAAUGCUCACACCCAGCGAGCUGCCGUCUACCUCAUGACGUCCAAGCUGAUGGGCCCCAAGACGGCCUCCGUGGACGUCGAGAGGCCAGAGGCGAGCUGGUCGAAGCUGGAAUUCGAGGAGCGGGCGUCGCGAGAUUUCGCUCUGGGCGGCAGAUACGGGAACGAGAUUGCCAAGGGCCUGGCGGUGAGCACAAACCCAACGGCCAAGCUAUGCGGGCAAAUGGUUCGAGAGGCGAUGAAGAAGGAGUAUGGACCGGGUUUUGCUUCAUAGAUCGGGCCUUAAGGGCGGCGGUGCCGGGUUUGAGUAUCCAUGUCGAGCAUGAAAAGGCGUUCGAGUUUCCGCGUUGUCGACAUUGCGGCGGGUUGUCGGGAUUCAGGUAGAUAUCCACAGCGUGUACAUGUUACGAGCUCUUUGGGAAGCCGAGGCGACGACGAGCAGUCUCGAUUAUCUCCCCCGUUGUCCUGCCCUUCUCCUUCUCCUCACGGUUGAUCCUCAGCACAGCUGCCGAAACACCAAUGAACACGGCGAAAAUCGGGUCCGCCACGCGGGAGAUUAUGUAUGCUGGAGCCGCCAUUUUUCGAAAUCUGGUAAUCUCGUGGUAACGUUUGGCGUAGAACGUCAGGGCGGCGAAGGCAAGAUUUGUCGCAAGCUGAG